GUGGGUUCAGUAGAUAGUCAAGAAUGCCUCCUCGACCAGGUCAGAUCGAACCGUUUUACUGCUUUUUCUCGCACUUCGCUCGGAAUCACUAUGUAUGCAUAUACAUUCAUAGAUUUGUUUCUUCGGAAAUUCCAUUAAUGAAAAUCUGCCUGUAAUUAUAUACAAAAUUCUAUCAAUAAUUAUCCGUUGCUUUAUUGGUUCGUCCAAUUCGGGAGCGUUGAUUGCGCUACGACUAGAAUCACCUCUGCCAUUGUGAGAACGGAGCCACUGGAACCAGUUCAACAUCCGGGGGUCAUUGGUGCACACAAGUUUUAAGAUUGGAGGAUUGUAAAGUGCAAAAAAAAUCGAAAAAUAUGGUGGAGAAAGGAGUUUACUGCUGAGCGAAGGCAUUGCAACCCAGCGAAGGGGUGACCGCAGCGCAGCGGUGACACAACUGUCCAAACCGAUGCGAGCCCUCGAGGUUUAAGUAAAUUAGUGCAUAUUUUUCGCGAGGGCAACGAUGAUGGUGGUGAAAAGGAAAUAAAAGAAGCCAGAAUCUGGUGCUACAGGUUUCGAAGGUGUAUUAUAGUAAGGUAGUGAGCAAGUGCUAUUUGUGGGAAUUUGAUGAAAGGAAAUCAUUCAAAAUGUGUUGAAAGUUUGGAAUGUUGUGCAAUAUUUUUAAGAAAAUAAUCAGAAGUUGUGUAGCAUAGAGUAUUCUUCUGCCAAGCAGAAGCGUUCCGUAUAGAAGCUGGGUAUAACAAGUGCACGAGGAUAGGAGAAAAUGGAUGAAAGAUUACUGAACGAUCUGCUGGAGUGCUCCGUGUGUUUGGAACGAUUGGAUACAUCCUCCAAGGUGCUACCCUGUCAGCAUACUUUCUGUCGGAAAUGUCUGGAGGAAAUCGUGUCUAGCCAUCAGGAGCUUCGAUGCCCGGAAUGUCGAGUUCUUGUGGAUAUCAAAAUCGACGAGCUUCCGCCGAAUGUUUUAUUAAUGCGUAUUUUGGAAGGCAUGAAAACAGCUGAGCUGAACAGUCAAAAUAUAAACAUAAACAAAGCGGUUCGUACCGGCGUCGGAGGUGGGAACAUCUUCAACUUGCAAAUUCAACAGCAGCAGAACAACCAUCCAAGCAUACCGUAUCAGCAUCAAGGCUCAUCUCAGCAGCAACAGCAGCUGCUGCAGCAGCUUGCAAAGAACAAUAAAAAUGACCAACAGUACCAGCAACCUCAUCAUCCUAAUUCUCCACCACAAAGCCAGAACCAGAAUCAGGCCCAGCAAGGACAGCACACAGCCAACCGCAUCAUCGCGCCGUCCGGCAACAAUGCACUGGAUCUGUCGAAAAUCCCACACGCCAAGGCAUUCUACGAUUUUGCUUCUAGUGAGACCAGUGACAUAAACUUCAAAAAAGGUGACAUAAUCAUUCUGAAAAAGAAAAUCGAUCACAACUGGUGCGUGGGUGAAAUCAACGGAAAAGAGGGUGCCGUUCCAUUGAACCACUUGCAGGUGAUCGUGCCGUUGCCCUACCCGCAAUGCAAGGCACUGUACGACUUCAGCAUGGGACCUAACGAAGAGGAAGGUUGUCUUACGUUCAAAAAAGGCGCCUUAAUUCACGUGCUCCGACGAGUGGACCAAAAUUGGGCAGAGGGUCGCAUUGCUGACAAGAUAGGGAUUUUUCCUAUUUCAUUCGUAGAAAUGAACAUACUUGGAAAACAGCUGAUGGAUUCUGCUCUGAAACAUUUGCUGGCAAAUGCUUCAAACAAUCGAACCGUUCCCCCAACGCCGUUUGAUCUGAAUGCAAGCGAUACGACAAGUUCUAGUGUAACAACUAGUCCGAAUUCUUCCGCAAGUACAACAAGCUCAAACUCGAGUACUGCCCCCAGUAGUCCCACCUCGCUAUUCCUAGCGACUUCGGCAGUCGGCGCUGGUAGUGGUCAUUCCAAACGAGAUCACAAAGAAAAGCGCCAUUCACUGACAACUUUUAUGACCAAUUCGAACGGAUCGAACGGAUGUUCUGUUGGAGGACCUCUAAAUCAACCUAAUCGCCAUUCUGUUGAAAUUCUCAAUGGGCCGGAAGUGGAGGGAUCACAGCAACAGCCAGCAUCCCAAGUAUCAGUAAACGAUGCCACUGUCACAGGAGGAAUUUCUGUAUCUGUUUCGACAGAUCAUCCACAAAGUAGCAGACCCGAUAUGCUCAACUAUCAGAAGAAUAGCACUGCCAAGGCUAGUCAGAUAUAUAAUCCGCAUCCACAACUACCAGCUACCUACGUCGCUCUCUAUCCCUACAAACCCCAGAAACCAGAUGAACUGGAACUCAAGAAAGGAUCAAUCUAUUACGUCAUAGAACGAUGUAAAGACGGUUGGUUCAAAGGUGCCAAUCGCCAGCAAAAGUCUGGAGUUUUCCCUGGUAACUACGUAGCUGUGUUCAAAGGCCGCGAAAGCAGCCAUUCCAAUCGUAGCCCUAAUAUACAGGGACCAUCCACCAGUGCCCAGAAUCCGUCCAAUAACCUAGUCCAAAUCACACUGCCUGCCUUACCACCCAGAGACAACACGACAAAUGCUACCGGUCUUGUCUGGACGAAGCAAUCAAAUCAAAGCGGCAACUAUAUCGAUUCGUUGUUUGGACGAAAAUCCGGAGUAGUGUCUUCAGAUAAAAAUACAUCUGCUGUAGUUAACUCGACAGUUACCGCAGGAGAAACCUCUCAUCCGACCAACCAACCUAAGGAAGCUAAGGAAAAGAAAGAUUCCUCAGCUGUGAGUUUGAUGAAACGAUUGACCAACAUCAAACGAUCUAAAUCUCCAACAUCGAGUGCGAAUAGCGGAGGAAACACCAAUCCUGCCUAUUCGAUGGACAACCCAGUGUUUGAAGAUAGUGCGAUUGCUGCGGUUUCUCCAGCCGCUAAACCAAAUCUACAUCAGAUGAUUAAUCCAGUGCAUGUCAGAUCCGGAUCAUGCCCCAGUCAACUUUUGCAAAGUCUCCCGAUGGAUGUCGUGAUGGCCCAAGGCCGCGAAAAUGUUCCUUAUAUGUACGGAUCACAGCGGGUUAAACCCCACAAAGAACGACCAUCGAUGCACGGACUCAAAACCGAAGGAUCGGGAAAAAACUUCAGUAAGCACAGUACAGUUACUGCCGCUUCUAGCCAACAUCAGUCACACGAAGCACCCGCCUCCACGUCGACUGCUACCCAAGGACCGAAACAAUCUGUACCAUAUCAUCGAAAAUCUCAAAGUCUAGACGCUGCCGCCAUUAUAUCCCAGAUGAAUGGGACGCCAUCCAAGUCGAAAUCGCACUCGCAAACGGUGCGGGAGAGGUUCAAAUGCAUCGUUCCGUACCCGCCGAAUAGUGAGUACGAACUAGAACUGCGAGUCGGAGACGUUGUAUUGGUGCACAAAAAGCGAGACAACGGCUGGUACAAAGGCACUCAUCAAAGGUCAGGUAAGACCGGUCUGUUUCCAGCGUCUUUCGUCGAGCCAGAUAUGUGACACCGAAAAUAAAAAACAAACACAAAAACGAGACGAAUCUUUGUUUUUAAUGAAAUCGCAGGUAUUAUCAAAUGAUGUAACAGUAUAGCGACGUCAUCAGCGUGUGUUUUGUUGUUAGAAUGCAAGUGAAACUAGAAGUAAAGUUUAGUGUUUAGCAAUUCAAUUGAUUAGUAAAUAGUAUCUGGAUUAGGAAAAGCAAGUAAAAUUACACCUUAAAUUAGACCAACAAAAGUGCAAAUCUGUACCUAACCGUUCUUUAUUAGGUCUCAAAAAUAAGUCUGAACGAUAAUGAGAAAUUAGAACGUAUGUUUAAAUCGUUAUCUUCUCGAAGAAAUAAUCCACUUGUAACGAAAAUCAAUCCUGAAUUCAACCAACAAAACAGGAAACCGUCAUAAAUACUCAUCAGAUUACAAACAAUCGCUCUCAUUCCGAAUAGUUUCAGAUAUCUGCUAUCAUAUUAUUGUGCAUUUUUAUUGACUAACUGCAAUCGUGAGAACAUCUUGUAUUUUGUGUCUAAAAACUUUUAUUAAUAACUCAUUCCAAGUGAAAUAUAAUCAAAGUAACAGAGAUUGUUGUACAAAUGGUCUUUAAUCAUUAGCCAAAUCAUUGAUGUUGUGUUUGAAUGCGAUACUUUUAAAACAAUAAUGAAAGAAUACUUUAUUCAUUUAGAUAAUAUUUUAUGCUACAUCAACAGUAACAUACAGACGUAACGUGUUUCAAGCAAUUCAUCAUAAAUUCUGAGAAUAUGAUUAUGUUACUCAACGAGAAAUUUAAACAUAAUAUGAAUCAAAAAAGAUGUGCAAAAUCUGAAAGAUAUAAAACUGAAUGCUCCACUAUUGAUGCGUGUUCCACUACUAUUUUCUCGUUCUAAAAAAAAACAUAGACAAUUUAAAGAACUGUUCUCUUUUCUGGAGCGUACACGGUGCACAGAGAAAAUCAAAUCAAAACCAAAAUAGUGCGUCUUGGAGUGCAAAGCCAUAAUUGUAAAGAGGUAAAAAUUGCACAGUCCCAGUUCGCAGCACAAUUUAGCACAACCAUUCGGAACAGGUUACUUGCCAGUCGAAAAUUUGUUAUCCAAAUUAGCAAAAUAACCGAUGCCUUCUAUGGAUGGGAUGAUAAAAUUAAUAGUCUGAUCGGUAGAGACAUUUUUGUGCCUCUCGAAAAAAAAAUCCGAAUUGCGCAAAUAGAUCGAUCCUUUUACAUAGUAACGUAUGUGCUUCGAUUUGGAGAAAUUGGUCAGAUAGUGCUAAUGAAUGUAUAUGUAUAGUAAAAAUGAUACCAUCUCGAGAAGGUUAAAGAAGCAAUGCAGACGUUGUCGGCAUUGUAACAAAUGCAAUACAACUGUGUAUAAGCAAUUUGAAACAGGUAUACUCAUACUUUGAAAUAAAUCACAAAUUUGAGAAAGCA